CUAGGCACCCUUGUAUCAUGCCGGAGUUUUUUCUUUUGGCGUUGUGUUGUGUUGUGUUGUAUUGUUGGUUGUAAGAGCUACAUUUUAAAGCCAGGCGCCAGCCUCUUUUCUAAAAAAAAGUAAAACGUGAGCACAAAUCUUGAAGCAUGACAAACGGUGGAAUUGGUUGGUGGAUAUCUCUAUGCAUUUUUCUCUGUAGAAAUAAUGUAUUUUCGGUCCCGCCGCCCCGCCGCCUGCACGAAAGAUGGCAGCCGGAAUCCCCAUGGACCAUGGUCACAGUUCACAGGAACUCUGCUUCGAGUCUUCGAUCCCCGCCGAGCAGGAGGCCGCCAAGCGUAGCCACCGACCAAUGAACUCCGUCGCCGCGCCGCCGUGCCACGUCCUGGCGGUGCCGCACCCUGGCCGCGGCCACAUCAACGCGAUGCUGAACCUGUGCCGCCUCCUCGCCGCCCGGGGCGGCGUCUCCGCCACCGUCGUCGUCAGCGAGGAGUGGCUCGGCCUGCUCGGCGGCGGGCCCGCGCCGUCGGGCGUCCGCCUGGAGGCCAUCCCCAACGUCGUCCCCUCCGAGCACGGCCGCGCCGAGGACAUGGCCGGGUUCGUCGAGGCCGUGUACACCCGGAUGGAGGCUCCCUUCGAGCGCCUCCUCGACCGGCUCGGGGCCGCGCCGGCGGCCAUAUUCGCCGACACGUUCGUGCCCUGGGCCGUGCGCGUAGGCAACCGGAGGGGCGUCCCGGUGUGCGUCCUCUCGCCACCCAGCGCCACCAUGUUCUCCGUGCAGUACCGCUUCGACCGCCUGCCCGUGGCCGCCGGCGGUACCGCUUGUCCGGUGUCUGACAAUUCGGUGUCGUCCGCUCAGCUCGACGAGAUCGCCAUUGGCCUGGCCGAGAGCAAGUUCAGGUUCCUCUGGGUGCUCCGCGACGCCUGCGCCGGCGUGCACGAUUUGAUCCGUCGAGGCGACUGUGUGAUCGUCCCGUGGUGUGACCAGCAUGUAUUGUGCCAUCCUUCCGUUGGGGGGUUCUUCACCCGCUGCGGCAUGAACUCGACGCUGGAUGCGCUGUACGCCGGCGUGCCGAUGCUGACUCUGCCGAUAGCCUUCGACCAGCCGAUCAACAGCCCUAUCGUCGACGAGUGGAAGGUUGGGUACAACCUCAAGGAGAAGGUCUGGGGCGAUGACGCCAUCAGAAGAGAUGAAAUUGCUGGAGGUGUUAAUGGGCUUAUGAAUUGUGACGACGGUGAGGGCGCGAGGAGGAGAGCGUCUCUUAUGAAAGAAGCUUCUCGUGCCGCGGUCGAAGUGGGUGGUUCAUCGGACAGCGAUUUCACGUCUUUCAUCAGUUACAUUUCACGGCUCAAUAACUGAAAUGUAUUUGAAUCCAAUAAGUAUGUUGUUCAUUUGAGCAGUGUAUUUGACGCAGUGAGACGGCGGUGGUGACUCUAAGACUGUGGUAGCGCAUGUUGGUUGGCGGCAAGUUUGAUGGAGCGCGACGGAUCGGUCGAGGUGUGGGUGUGUGGCGGACGGGAGAAAUCCUUGCCGGCUUGGCCGGCAUCGAUGCGGCGACGCAUGUGGGCGUCGUCGUUCCUUCCUGAAGGGCGUCGGGUAUCCCCUCAUCCACACCCGUCUGCGUACCGGGGGAAACCCUAGGACCAGUCCGGGCAGCAGCGUCAUUAUCGUCGAAUUCCUUCCUGAAGGUGUUGCGGUGUGUCCGAAGUGCUAGGAGUGUGGUGGAAAUCUUCGAAGGGCGCAACGGUUGUGGAUCAUCAUCAUUUCCGUCGAUCCGACUCUGUUGUCAUUCGUUUCUUUUACUUUCUAUUUCUUUUCUCUUGGGUGUACUUGUGCUGUCUGCCCCAGCAUUGGGAUCUCUGUUAUAUCGGGUGGUUGCUAUAUCAAUAUAGCGGGGCGAAAGCCUAUUUCGAGAGUGCAUUUGAAUUCGAUUGACGCUGGGAAUGAACUCAAUUUUCUGCUGGAAAGGUGGAGGGAAAAGAAGAGUCAGUCCCUUUAAAUGAAUUUCAAAUCACUUCCAUUUUUCCUGUAAUUCUAGUCCCUCUUGGUUUAUUUUUCCUGAGCUUCCUUUUCUGCACUCUCUGGUAUAUAUGUGCUUCUCCUUUCAUCUGAAUUAGCUCCCCUGUUGUCUCUUAUUGCCCAACACAGUUGCAAGUACAUUAUUGUUUUGUUCAGCAAAAAAAA